UACUUCCUGGGAGGGGACAAGAUGGCGGCUGUGUCAGUGUAUCAGCCCCCGGUUGGAGGCUUCUCUUUCGAUAAUUGCCGCAGGAAUGCCGUCUUGGAAGCUGACUUUGCCAAGAAAGGACACAAGCUUCCCACGGCCCGGAAAACUGGGACGACCAUUGCAGGGGUGGUCUACAAGGAUGGGAUAGUUCUUGGAGCAGAUACACGGGCAACUGAAGGGAUGGUUGUUGCUGACAAGAACUGCUCAAAAAUACACUUCAUAUCACCUAAUAUUUACUGCUGUGGGGCCGGGACAGCUGCAGACACAGACAUGACCACCCAGCUCAUCUCGUCCAACCUGGAACUCCACUCCCUCUCCACAGGCCGCCUUCCCAGAGUGGUGACGGCCAAUCGGAUGCUGAAGCAGAUGCUUUUCAGAUAUCAAGGUUACAUUGGUGCUGCCCUAGUUUUAGGGGGAGUAGACAUUACAGGACCUCACCUCUACAGCAUCUAUCCUCAUGGAUCAACUGAUAAGUUGCCUUAUGUCACGAUGGGUUCUGGCUCCUUGGCUGCGAUGGCUGUGUUUGAAGAUAAAUUUAGGCCUAACAUGGAGGAGGAGGAAGCCAAGAAGCUGGUGAGCGAGGCCAUCUCUGCUGGCAUUUUCAAUGACCUGGGCUCAGGGAGUAACAUUGACCUCUGCGUCAUCAGCAAGAGCAAGCUGGACUUCCUGCGUCCCUAUUCCGUGCCCAACAAGAAGGGGACCAGGUCUGGUCGGUACCGAUGUGAGAAAGGGACCACUGCUGUCCUCACCGAGAAAGUCACUCCCCUGGAGAUCGAGGUGGUGGAAGAGACGGUCCAGACCAUGGACACUUCCUGAAUGGGUGUGGUGCUGAUGUGGGCCGGGCAUCGAGGCUCCCGUGUCUGCUGUUCCUUGGCCAGCUGGCCAAGGAGACUCAAUAAAAUGGGAAAACGGAACUGGA